AUGUUCAAAAGGCACAAGUCCCUUGCUUCAGAACGCAAGAGAGAAAUAUUUUCCCGAGGAGCUACACGGUCCAUCCUGAAGAAUGACUUGAGAAACUUCCACUGUUUGUCGCAUUUUGUGCUCUCAGCGGGCCCUCUAAAAUCUAUUCCAGUAGUUAAACAUUCAAAAACUACGCACUUUGAGAUUGAAGUACUUGAUGCUCAAACAAGAAAGCAGAUAUGUAUUGUGGAUAAGGUGAUACAAACAUCUACUAUUCAUGAUGUUAAACAAAAAUUCCACAAAGCGUGUCCGAAGUGGUACCCUUCUAGAGUUGGCCUGCAGCUAGAACGAGGUGGGCCCUUUUUGAAGGACUACAUAACCAUUCAAAGCAUUGCAACUUCCUCCAUUGUCACUCUCUAUUUUACAGACCUAGGUCAACAGGUCAGUUGGACUACAGUAUUUUUGGCUGAAUACACAGGACCUUUGCUGAUAUAUCUCCUCUUUUAUUUGAGGAUCCCAUACAUAUAUGACAUGAAAGAGAGCUCUAGAAGAUUGCGCCACCCAGUGGUACAUGUGGCUUGCUUCUGUCAUUGUAUACACUAUAUCCGCUAUCUUUUGGAAACCUUAUUUGUCCAUAAAGUUUCUGCAGGACAUACACCUUUGAAAAAUUUGAUAAAGCAAGACAAUCCAAAAUGUGAAUGCAUGCAUUACAUCUUCUUUUCCUACUUUCUAGCAUUUGGAAACCGGCAAGUCACAAUAUCUGCUAUCAAUUUUUUGAUUUGUGAAGCUGGAAAUCAUUUCAUCAAUGUAAUUUUGUCUCAUCCUAACCACACAGGAGUUAAUGCCUGUUUUCCAAGUCCAAAUUAUAACCCCUUCACAUGGAUGUUUUUUCUGGUUUCAUGUCCUAACUACACCUAUGAGAUUGGAUCAUGGAUUAGUUUCACUGUCAUGACACAAACACUGCCAGUUGGGAUUUUUACACUUCUGAUGAGUAUCCAGAUGUCUUUGUGGGCACAAAAGAAGCAUAAGAUUUAUUUGAAGAAAUUCAAUUCUUAUAUGCAUAGAAAAUCAGCCAUGAUUCCAUUCAUACUGUAG